AUGCCAACGCUAGACUUCUACCCGGAGAGCUGCCGCACGCCGUGUGAGGCCUCAACGUCAUCAGAGAGUAUGGUGUACCAUCUGACCGACCCCUCGGGAACUUCACUGGCACACACACCCCACCACGGCACCCCAAGGAGAGGAGUGACCUCGGCCAAGAGGAAGAGCUGUGACAUUGAGGUGCCAAACGAAGGGGAAGCAGAGGUGGUCAGUAAGCGGCUCUGUCCUUCCUCCUCGUCAUCCCUCCUCUAUCUGCAGCAUGGAGAGGUGGCCCUAGUAGGCCAAGGGGAGAAGGCCCUGCUGCUCCAGGAGCUGGCCCAGAGAGAGGAGGUGCUCUUCUGCCGCAUGCAACAGGAGCAGGAGGACCGGAAGCUGGCUUUCCAUCUGCAGAGGCAGCUGAACCGCGAGGCGGCCAUCCACGCAGUAGACCGCAGCAAGGGCUCCAGCGACCAGUACCAGCUCCGCCAGAAACCUGACUCCAGCUCUGGCUCCAGCCCAGAGGGGAAUGGUCAUAGCGGGGCCAACAGGGGGCGCUCACACUCCUCCACCUCCAAAGAGAACAGGAACACAGUGGAGAGGAGGAGACUGUCUGGGCCCUCAUCUACCACCAAUAAGGGGGAAAGGAGCUCCACCAUCUCUAGCGCUGCUGCCACACCCUCCAGCCCACUGAAGAGGGGCAGUAAGCAGGCCACCCUCACAGAGAUGUUCCCCAGUCUGGGCAGUUGA